AUGGCCAAGACACUGCAGAAAGUGCACAAGAAGAUCUCCAAGAAGAGGGGUAAAGUCGACUCGCUGAAUGAGAACAGUCGCGAUGCCCAGCGACUAAGACGAGCGGGUGCUCGAGACGAUCGACUGUCCCGCCACGCCAAAUCCACCCUCAAGGGCAGACAGCCAUACAUAUGUCAGGCCGCCAUUAAACCCGAACAAGCUUUGUCUAACCAAGACGAUGACAGAUAUAUCAACCGAGAUGCCGACGAGAUCGAGCAACUCCAACAAGAACGGCGCAAAGGGCGGCCGCCCAGCAAGCGGGAAGAGACGCUCAAGCUGCGGACGGAUACGGAGGAAGGGGAAUUCCGGACCGGAUUCUGGAUGCCGGACCUGGGUGACGGAGAUGUGCUCGCAGCCCUAAAAUCAUGGAAUGGAGACUGGUCCGGUCUGAGCACACUGAAAUUUGUGCGAUUUACGAAAGACGGAGGAAAACAGACGUCCAGCUUUCCUCCCAAGGGCAUGUCAUGA